AUGGUCCAGGCUGCACCUGGUGAUGAUCUGACCGCACUUCGUAACAAGGCUUUCGCGUCUUUCAGAACCCAGUGCUGUGGUAAACAAGUCACAGGCGGAGCCACAGCCUGGUGUAAUGCUGGAGCUCGUGAUACCAAUCCAUGGAUCCAGGUCGACUUCAGUUGCAGUGUGGUCAUCACUGGCGUUAUCACCCAGGGGCGUGGGAAUAGGAACCGUAACCAAUGGGUGACAGAGUUCAAAGUGGCAUUCAGCGACGAUGGCCAAGAAUGGACCGACGUCACUAAUAAUGGAUCAAGUACACCGAUGAAGUUCCCUGGAAACUCAGACCAAAACACCCACGUGACCACCACCUUCCCGAAGGCUUUCCAGGCCAGGUUCCUGCGUAUCCUGCCUACUCAGUGGAGCUCACACUGCUGUAUGCGCUUUGAGGUCCUCGGCUGCACAAUUAAUGAGUAA